ACAGUGAAGGAGGACCAGGUGAUGCAACAGAACCCGCCCAAGUUUGACAAGAUCGAGGACAUGGCCAUGCUGACCUUCCUGCAUGAGCCCGCCGUGCUCUUCAACCUCAAGGAGCGCUAUGCAGCCUGGAUGAUCUACACCUACUCGGGCCUCUUCUGUGUCACUGUCAACCCCUACAAGUGGUUGCCAGUGUACAACGCUGAGGUGGUGGCCGCCUAUCGGGGUAAGAAGAGGAGCGAGGCCCCGCCUCACAUCUUCUCCAUCUCUGACAACGCCUAUCAGUACAUGCUGACAGAUCGGGAGAACCAGUCCAUCCUCAUCACAGGAGAAUCCGGGGCUGGGAAGACUGUGAACACGAAACGUGUCAUCCAGUACUUUGCCAGCAUCGCGGCAAUAGGAGACCGUGGCAAGAAGGACAACGCCAAUGCCAACAAGGGCACCCUGGAAGACCAGAUCAUCCAGGCCAACCCUGCUCUGGAGGCCUUUGGCAACGCCAAGACUGUCCGGAAUGACAACUCGUCUCGCUUUGGAAAAUUCAUCAGGAUCCAUUUUGGAGCCACUGGAAAGUUGGCUUCUGCAGACAUAGAGACCUAUCUCUUGGAGAAAUCCCGAGUGAUCUUCCAGCUGAAGUCUGAGAGGAACUAUCACAUCUUCUACCAGAUCCUGUCCAAUAAGAAACCUGAGCUGCUGGACAUGCUGCUGGUCACCAACAACCCCUAUGACUACGCCUUCGUGUCUCAGGGAGAGGUGUCUGUGGCCUCCAUCGACGACUCCGAGGAGCUCAUGGCCACUGAUAGCGCCUUUGACGUGCUAGGCUUCACUGCUGAGGAGAAAGCUGGUGUCUAUAAGCUGACAGGUGCCAUCAUGCACUAUGGAAACAUGAAGUUCAAGCAGAAGCAGAGGGAGGAGCAGGCUGAGCCUGAUGGAACUGAAGAUGCUGACAAGUCUGCCUACCUCAUGGGGCUGAACUCAGCAGACCUGCUCAAAGGACUGUGUCACCCUCGGGUGAAAGUGGGCAAUGAGUAUGUCACCAAGGGGCAGAGUGUGCAGCAGGUCUACUAUUCAAUCGGGGCACUGGCCAAGUCAGUGUACGAGAAGAUGUUCAACUGGAUGGUGACGCGGAUCAACGCCACCCUGGAAACCAAGCAGCCACGCCAGUACUUCAUAGGAGUCCUCGACAUUGCUGGCUUUGAGAUAUUUGAUUUCAACAGCUUUGAGCAGCUCUGUAUCAACUUCACCAAUGAGAAACUGCAACAGUUUUUCAACCACCACAUGUUCGUGCUGGAACAGGAGGAGUACAAGAAGGAGGGCAUCGAGUGGGAGUUCAUUGACUUUGGCAUGGACCUGCAG